AAAAACAAUCGUCCUACUCCUCCAACACUUCACUUCACCCUCCUUUGUGUCAGAACAAAAACAUGAACGCACUAACAAAUCUGAAACUGAAACAAACACCACCGUUUCCAUAACCUCCUCCUCCUCCGUCUUCUUCUACACUCAUUCUUCACAUUCCCUUUCAAGAUCAAUCAAUGGCCGCAGCAUUAGAAUGCUGGUCAAGACGCAUCAACAACAGCAACACCAACGACGAUGAUGAUGAGGACACGGUAGAACAACAAGUUCUCAUGAACAAUAACAACCCAUCUUCUCAACCUAACAACAAAGACUCUUCAAUCAUUCACAAGAAGUUCAACAAACUCACCCGCAAUGUUUCUGAGGCUAUUGCUUCGAUAAAAAACACACUCAACAUUAACCUUAACAUCAACCUCGACUCUUCCAAAACUGACAAUACUUGUCGCGGUAGUAACAAUAAUAACCUCGUUUGGGGAACCGUUGUGAGGAAUCUCACUCAGCUUUACCCUGGUAGCCAGCUUCCUGAGAAGCUCAUGUCCAACAUUCGUAAACACUAUGAUUCGCUGCCUCCUAGUUAUUCACAGGCUGGGUUUGAUGUUAAAGAUGUGUUUCUUCACAUCAAGCUGAUAGAGCAAGCAUUCGAAGAUUCGCAGGCUGCGAUUUUGAUUGAAGAGGAGUGUGACGGAGAAAUGGAGCUUCAGGGAUCUUUGUUCAAGUUGACAUUUGCUUGCAACUCUCCGAUUUCAUGGCCUGCUAUGUCGAAUGCGUUGGAUAGUUCCUCCAUUUGUUGCAAGAAGAUUCAGAUCUUUGAGAAGAAAGGUCUCACCCUUGGAAUUGUACUUCUACUUGUUCUGUCUGGGGUUGGACAAGAUAAGUUGGUUAGGACCCGGGUUGAAAGUGCUCUCAAGUUUGCCAUGAAGAAGCCGAAAGCCAGUGUUGUGAAGCUGCCUUUUGGGCUUUGUGGAUGCCAAGAGGAGAAUUUCAAGAGGAGAGAACUUGGAGAGAUUGAAGAAGAUGGUAACGGUGUAUACUGUGGAAACGGGUUUGAGAAUUUGAGUCAAAAGAUUCAGCUUCAAGUGCCAUUGCUUGAUUCAUCGUUUCAUGUAUCGGUAGAUGAAUGGCAGACUAUUCAGACAGGUGCGGAUGAGGUAGAAAAAUGGUUGUUGAAUUCAGAUAGUCUCGAGUUUUUGGAACAGAUCGGACCUAAUUCGUAUAAAGGAGCCUACAUGGGGAAAAGAGUCGGCAUCGAGAAGCUCAGAGGGUGCGACAAAGGAAACUUGUACGAGUUUGCGCUCAGGAAAGAUAUGCUAGAACUGAUGACAUGCGGACAUAAAAACAUUUUGCAGUUUUGUGGAGUUUGUGUAGAUGAAAAUCACGGGUUAUGCGUAGUGACGAAAUUCAUGGAAGGUGGAUCUGUUCACGACUUAAUUUCAAAGAACAAGAAGCUUCAGAGCAAGGAUAUUGUAAGAAUUGCAGUUGACGUGGCUGAAGGGAUCAAGUUUAUGAACGAUCACGGUGUUGCAUAUCGAGACCUUAAUACUCAGAGGAUUCUGUUGGAUAAACAUGGGAGUGCUUGCUUGGGAGAUAUGGGUAUAGUUAUUGCUUGCAAGAGCAACCAUGAGGCAAUGGACUACGAAACCGAUGGUUACCGGUGGCUCGCUCCAGAGAUAAUUGCCGGUGACCCCGAGAGUGUCACAGAGACAUGGAUGAGUAAUGUUUAUAGUUACGGAAUGGUAAUUUGGGAGAUGGUAACCGGUGAAGCAGCCUAUUCCGCCUAUUCACCUGUGCAGGCAGCAGUAGGCAUUGCGGCUUGUGGCCUUAGACCUGAGAUCCCCAAAGACUGUCCGCAAACUCUAAAAUCUCUAAUGACAAAGUGCUGGAACAAUGCCCCUUCGAAACGCCCCCAAUUCUCUGAAAUUUUAUCGAUAUUGCUUCGACAAAACAACAACAAUAGGUAAACUAUUAAUCUAUUAUGGAAUGUAAUCUGUUGAUAGUAAUUGAUUAAUACCAAACAUUCCUUGUUGAUGAAGUUUCAUACACAAUCAUGAAACAUCUAUGCUUUUGUAACUGUAAUGAUGAUGUAAAGUUUCAUUUCUUUUGGACAAUUUUGUUGUACCAUUUGUUUUCUUUUAUGGCGUCUUUGCCAUCAUGAAUCUACUAUUUUCUGUUUUUGUGAUGGUAACCUGAAUGAUGGAAAUAUUUAAAUAGU